AUGUUACUUCGACGCAGCAAAAGCAGCGACUUGAAGAGACAGCAGGCCGCCAAGGAGCUGGAGCUCCAGCGCCAGCGCGAUGCUGUCUCCAAGUCUCCCCCACGCCUUCCUGUUCUCUACAACGGCGCCCCUGCGCCGCAACUGGGACUCAGCAGCGACAACCGGCCUGAUUCCCUCGCCAUUCUCUCCGGAAGGGCUGAGCAGAUGACGGCCGCCACCCCACGACCCUCGAUGGAGCCACCGCGCUCUGCUAUAAGCGUUCCCGUUCCCCCGAUUCCCAACGGCGGCUUCGAUCCCUACGCGAGCACCCACAGCAUGGCGCACCGCGGCCGCUAUAGUUACGCCAGCAGCGCCAUCAGUACCAUAAACAGCCCUAGAAGGGUUCGGAGGAGGAAGGAUCCCACUCCUUUCAACAUCCUCAUUAUCGGUACUGCCAACUCGGGCAAGACUUCAUUCCUCGAAUUCCUCAAGACAGCCCUUGCCCUGCCCGCGAAGAAGCGGGUCAAGAGCACCAUCGAACAUGAGGAACCCCCGAGGGUGCCACCCUCAGGAAACUUCAUCCCCCACUACCUCGAGACCGAGAUUGACGGAGAACGUAUCGGCCUGACGCUGUGGGACUCCGAGGGCCUGGAAAAGAAUGUGGUGGACCUGCAGCUUCGCGAGAUGUCGAGCUUCCUCGAGAGCAAGUUCGAGGAAACCUUCAACGAGGAGAUGAAGGUGGUGAGGUCCCCCGGGGUACAGGACACCCACAUUCAUGCGGUUUUCCUUGUCCUGGAUCCGUCGCGCCUCGACCGGAAUCUCGCAGCAGCCAGGGCGGCCGCGGCGAGUGGCCCACACAAUAGAGGGAAGCACUACCCACAUGCUCGCAUUCUUGGCGGCCUGGAUGAGGACCUUGAUCUUCAAGUUUUGCGGACGUUGCAAGGCAAGACGACAGUCAUUCCGGUCAUCUCGAAAGCCGACACCAUCACCACCAAGCACAUGAACAUGCUGAAGCGGACCGUGGCAGAGAGCCUCAAGAAAGCGAAUCUUGACCCUUUGGAAGCCCUGGGCUUGGACGACGAUGAUGAGUCGAACUCGGAUCAUAGCAAGAUUGUGGAAGAAGACGAGGAGGACCAGGACCAGGCAUCUGAGCACAGCGACGGGGAGGCUGGCGAGGAAAACCCAGGCUCGCCGACACAGGGCAAAGAAGAACCUGCCCCCAAGCCCAAGCGCCUCUCCGGCGGUUCCAUGCGUCGUCGCAAGGCCGAGGAGGAGAGUCUUGAAGAGGACGAGAUGCCCUUCCUGCCGUUGUCGAUCCUGAGUCCGGACAUCUACGAGCCCGACGUGAUCGGUCGCCAGUUCCCGUGGGGCUUUGCCGAUCCCUACAACGAAGAGCACUGCGAUUUUGUGCGUCUCAAGGAUACCGUCUUUAGCGAAUGGCGGGGUGAGCUCCGCGAGCUCAGCAGGGAGCAGUGGUAUGAGGGCUGGAGAACGAGCAGGCUCAAGCAGCACGGCGUGAAGGGGCGCCGAUGA